AUGGAGGCGCACCCAGAGAAGCCGCAGGGAAGAAAGCCCGCGUGUGGCGCGCGGGAGGCGGGGGCUGGGGGCUGCAGAGUCCUCGAAGCUGCGGACGUGGCUCUGGGGCCGGUGCUGACAGAGGAGAAGCUCGCUGGCCUCAUCCUUGCCGCGGCCCCCAGGAAAGUGAAGGGAUGCAGAGUCCUCGACAUCUCCCAGAACAAGAUCAGAAAACUCGGCGUGUCGGUCGGAGAAAUAGUGAAUCUGGGUCUCGAGUCCGUUGAAGAUUUAAAUCUCCGCGGGAAUCUUCUGCGGCAGCUGGACGGCCGGCUGGUCACAUUUCCGCGGCUCGCCCGGCUGGACGUUAGCGAAAAUGUGUUGAGUCAAAUCCUCAACUUCGAGACGCAAUUCGAGCUCCGCGAACUCGCGCUUCAGGGCAACCGCCUCAAGGAAAUCAACGGCCUCGCGCCUUCUCCUCUCCACCACACGCUGGAGUGGCUCGACAUCUCCAGAAACGAUAUUGCGGAUCUGAGAGGGCUAGCUGCUCUGGUCACGCUGGAAGAGCUGCGCGAGUUAGAUGUUCGAGACAACCCAGUCGAGCUUCACCCUCUUCAAGGAGACAUUGUGCUCGAGGGGUUUUGCAUGCUCGCAUGUCCGCUGCUGGAGACUCUGAACGGCCGGCGCAUCACGGCGGAAGUGCGCGACGCGGUGAUUUGCUGGUCGACUGAAGACCCCCGCGGCCGGGCGGUGACGAGCUGCGUGCAUCGCUUCAGGCAGUCUUUUGCGGCGCGUGGCAAGAACUGCGCCGGUCUUUGUUCAGACGACGACUCGGUGUUGAGCGAGAAGGCAGAUCAAAGCGUCUGCCGACUUGUCCUCUCUCGUGCGUCUUCCUCCGCUUCCACCCGCGGAAAACUUCGCGUCCUGCCGCCACGCGACAGUGGAGAGCUCUCUCCCUGCAGCGCCUCCUCCUUCUCGGGGCGCCCGGGGCUGGCGCGUGCGCGGAGGCGCGACAAGGAGGAGGCCUGUGGAGAGGUCAGUUCCGCGAAGACUGAGUUUGCCUCGCGGUCGACGUACUCCUCGCGGUGUCGCUCCGACUACGCUUGGUGCCCUUCGGUCCAGUCUGGCGCGCGCGGAGGUCUGCACCGCGCCCGUAGAGCCUGCGCGUCAGGGUGCGCGGGAGGGAGCGGUAGCCAUCCGCGACGAGCCGUGACGAAGGGGACACAGACGCCGGGCUGGUGGAAAACGGAGGACGAGUGGGGGGGUCUCCUUCUUGCCGAGGGAAGCGGAGAGAGGGGGCCGAGAGCCCCGGGUUUCGGAGGCCCGAAGGAUCCCUUGGCCCCGGGCGGGUCGCGCGCGGGGGGACGCGCCCCGGGCAACUUCCAGUUCGUCUUCAAGGCGGAUGACUUGGGGACGCUCGUCCGAGCAGAAGAACUGCGGGCGCUCACCGCGGAGAAAAGCAGCACGAGCGUCGGCAAGGGCGAGGAUGAGGCUCCAGACGCAGGGGACGCCGACGCUUCUUGGGAGAGAGCGGAAAAGGCCGCCCCCGAGCACGAUGUCGAGGAGGACACCGAGGCCAGCGAGUACGACGCGCCGGCGGGCGGCGCGAGGGACUGGGAAGACGAGAACGAGCUUUCUGUGCCUCUUCAUGACAUGCGAAACGAACUAGCUGACGCAACCGACGUUGUCGACCUCGAGGAAGACCCCGAACUGCCGCCGCAUGCGCAUAUGGGGGCCAAGCGAGAAACAUGA